UAGACAUUAUAAAAUAAAUCUAUCACUGCCAAUGAUUUGAGUCUUAAUUUUUAAAAUUCAUUAUCCUUUUCAUUAUGCCAUGUGUCUUUCCUAUGUUGUGAAUUUAUUUUUUGCUAAAUUUAAUUUUAAUUUUAAGUUUUUAACUUAUAUUUUAAUUUCAAAAAUUUUAUUUCUAAUUUUUUUUCCUAAUAAAGGGAGCUUAAAAACCCAAGGACAAAAAAGAAUCUAGGAUAACAUACAAAUAUAAAAUACUAGUUUGGUGAAAACAUUUUAGCAAUAAUGAGAUCUAUUUUCUGUCAAAUCUUUAUUUUUCCAUUGUUGCUUAAAUUAUUAUUUAACAAAAUAAAUAUACAUUAAUUACUUAUUCGCACGAAAAAAUUUACAUGGUAAAAUAACAUUUUUUAUUUCUUGGGUUUCUUCUUCAUUUUGCACCAUUGGAAGAUUUAUAUUUAUUUUAUACAAGCCUAUGAAUUUUUUAACAAAAAAAAAGAAAAAAACUGUCUGUCAAAAUGUUCAUAUUGCUAUUUGUUGGAUUAGAUCUUCGAAGUCAAAGGAGAUUAUAGUUCCAAUGAAAUAGAGUGCUUAUUUUUUAUUUAAUUUAGAGACACUGAAAAAUUUAGAUAUUGUUAAGAUGAAAUUAUUGAAGUGCCUAAUUUUAUAUUGAGGGAAGUGAAACACGAUGUAUGAAGACAGGGUGUAGGAUAUUUCUAAUUCUAGGUAUAUAUAGAUAGAGAUUUGAAGUGGAGGGUAUUUUUGAUGAAUAUUCUUGGUAGAGAAAAGGGGGUGAAUGAAACCAAGUCUACUACUACAACUAUACAAUACAAAGGUAUUUCUAUGUCAUAAAUGCCAAAACAUUAAUCAUACAAGGGAUACACCUGUCAUGAUAUUGGCAUUUUGAAGUUGAAGCAUCAAACAUGGGUAUCACAUGGGGGGUACCCUUAUCAUAUUACUUUGAUCCAAUUGGUCCAUCAGUACUGUUGCCAAUGCUGCACGAGGAAACAUGCCUUUCUAGGGACAAUAAUUGUGCCAUCUCCUUUUGCUAAUAAUAGGUAGACAAACCCGCAACCCUUCAUGCGUCUAGUGUUUCGACCUUUGUUUAGUGCAAUCUGUGAUUGGGGUAUAAAUCGAUUUCUGAAGCCAACAGGUAUCCCACUUGCAACAGUUCCCUUCUGGGCAUUUCAUGGUUUCUGUUCCAACUCCAUACAAAAGAUACUCUUCCCUUUUCUUUCAUUUCUUUAUCAUUAUUUGCCUUUGGGGCCUAGUUACCUUUUCUCAUUAAUUUAUUAACCACAUUACUAUACCCCCUUUUUCAAUUUUUAUCAUACACUAAUUCCUUAAUUCCAUCUAAAUAAUUACUUAACAAUUUCCCUUGUGCAUAUAUCCCUCACUACUCCCCAAUUCACAUUCAGUCAAAUCGAAUUUUAACUUUGAAACCGGAGACAUCAUGCAAGGCAAACACCAGCUCAACUUAUUCCCUAUCUACAAAACAAGAAAGAAAUUCCACAAAGCCAAGAAUCUUUGCAUCUCUCUCCUCAUUCUUUCCUCAUCUCAAAUCUUUCCCAUGCCCGUACGUUUCAUCCUUAUUGUUCUCACAUUCUUCCCCCACCUCUUCCACAGAGCAUGCAAUGCACGCGCCAGUGUGUCUGCCGGCCCAAUGACCCAAUCAAUGAAAUAUGGGUUGGUUUUUGUUGUUAUUCAUUUUGGAGUAUGGUAUUCAUCCUAAUAUUAAACUAUAUAAGCCAUUAAAUCAAUUUAUAAGGUUAAAACUGCUCCAACUGAAACAAAAUUUUUAAACCGAAUUAGCUACAUUUAAAAAAGACAAAUGAAAGAAUCAUCAUAUGAUCUAAAGCAUUAAAUUAUAAAUCAAGAUUGAGGCAUUGAAAUUAUUGUUUUUUCUUAGUUGUAAAUUUGACAGAAUGCGUCACAUCAGGGCAGCCAGCUAAGAGAACCACCCCACAGAGCACAGUGGAUCACGGAGGCGCGUAUGACCGUAACACGAUGGGAGGGGAAAAUUUUGAAAACUAUAGAGAUCUCACAACACUCACUCUCAAGUAGAAGACCCCCAAAUCCCGGAAAAAUAAAAAUCAUAAGAAAAAGCAUCUGCAAUAGUGCCCACAAUAAAAAGCUGAAAAGAAAGAAAAACAAGAUCCACCUCGAACCUCUCUCCACCCUCCACCACACUCCACCCUCCCUUCUCCCACCACCAACACCACCACCUUCACUCCUCUCUCUCACUCUCUCUCUAGAGAGAGAUUCUCCUCACAAAGAAUCAAAUCCUUGUCUCCACCACCUCCAUCACCACCACCCCCAACCCCACCCUUUUUCUAAACCAUUAAACUACAAACAAAAUAUCCAUUUGUUGAAUUAAACACCCACAUCCAAAAAUCCUUCCUUUCUUAAAAAUCAGUGAGCAUAGAAGCGAAACAACCAAGUGGGGGGGGUGUGGGUCAGAUUCUGAGAAGAAGGAAACAACAAUGAGAGAAGAGGAUUCAAAAUGGUUUUCAAGAUGGGAAGAGGAACUACCUUCACCAGAAGAACUCAUGCCCCUAUCCCAAACCCUAAUAACCCCCGAUCUAGCCAUAGCCUUCGACAUCAGAAACCCACACACAACCACAAACAACAACCCCACAACCCCACAACAACAGCAGCAGCAACAACCACCCUCAAACCCUUCCCCCACCAACCCCUCCCAACCCACCUCUACCGACUUCGCUGAUUCCGGCGAACUCGGCUCCGGCACCGCCGGCGAAGAACCAGCACGAACCCUCAAAAGACCACGCCUCGUGUGGACCCCACAACUCCAUAAGCGCUUCGUCGACGCCGUCGCGCACCUCGGCAUAAAAAACGCCGUUCCCAAAACCAUAAUGCAGCUCAUGAGCGUCGACGGUUUAACCCGAGAAAACGUCGCUAGCCACUUGCAGAAAUACCGCCUCUACCUCAAGCGCAUGCAGGGAAUUUCCGCUGCCGGAGCUGCCGGCGCCGGUGCCGGAGCUGCCGCCGCCGUCGCAGACCCUGCCACGGACCACUUAUUCGCGAGCUCACCCGUGCCGCCACAUUUCCUGCACCCGGCAGCACGGCCUAAUUCGGAUCAUUUUUUGCCUUAUGUGCCUGUGCCAGCCCUCCACCACCACCAGCAGCAGCAGCAGCAGCUGGCGGCGGCGCAGUAUCACAGGCAGGUGGGGCAUUUCGGAUCACCGCCGAAUGGGCACUUCGAGAAUCCAUUCAUGUCUAGGCCCUCUCAGCAGCAGCAACAGCUUCAUAGGAUGGGGGCUCCUGUGCACAACCCUGUUUCUGGCUAUGUGGAGGACAUGGAAUCUGCCAAUGCUUCAGGUGGUAGAAAGGUCCUUACUUUAUUUCCAACUGGGGAUGAUUGAGUUUUGGGUAUGUAAUAGUAUAGUUGUAUGGUAUGGUGUCUCCUUAGUUCCACCUUCUUGUCUUGUGAAGUUAAUGUUCUGUCAGGGUCUUAGUUGUUAAUUUGUGUUAGGGUUAUUAUUGAUGAUCUUGGUAUUGCUAAUUGGUGUUGGAGUCUAGAUUUAAGUCUGCAGAUUCAAAAGUUCCAGCAGUCAUGCUUCUGUGGCAUAAUCUGGUUGAUAGAGGUUCUACUAUGGCGUCUAGAAGAAAGCCACGAUUGUAAUUAAUUACUUUGUGGUAUAUAUCCUCUGUCAGCUUCUGGUGACUGACAUUCACAUGAUGUCACUUUUGGGCGACAAUAAUAAUAAUGUCUAUAAUCCUGGGUGUGAAUCAGUAGUCGCGUGGCUUUAGGGAUCCCCUCUAGCUAGCUGUCUGGGAAUUGGCCACAGCUUGAUGUAAUUUGGAGUGUUCCUGCCUGGGCUUUAUUGGCAGGUGUGGCAAAAGCAGCUAGUUUGGUAUUUGUAUCUGCAGGUGGUAAUAAACACGCAUUACACUCGGUAGAGACUAAUGGAAGCAUAUCUGAUUGGCAUGUUUGGUUGUGAAUUCUUCGACUAAAUCUGGGAAUCUCUAUUGUGAAAGACUUGUCUCCUCCAUGUCAAGUUUCAUGUCCUGUAGAGGUGAGUUGUACAUGUUUGAUUCUAUAGAAGACUCGAAUGCCUGAUGUAAGGCGAUCGUUUAAAAUUCUAAUCUUACUCCAGUGUGGGAGGUUAAUUUUUAUAUGCUAGAUGAACUCAAGUAAACUAGUUUUGUUAAUUGUCUAGGUUUACCAUGCUUACGAACACAAUAAGUUCAUGUUUACUUAGUUGUGUAUUUCUUCUUUGACUAGAAGUCCUGAUUCCCUUGUGUACUGAGACUCUUACUAAUGAGUCUUAUUAUUUGAUGAUCAAUUUGCUAAUAGCCAACUAUACUAUGUUUUAGAGGCAAAAGGGAUAGUGUUCCAACUGUUCCCACUGGCAUUCUUUUUCUAGUUUUGAAUGACAUGGUAAAAAUACAAAUGAUUGGUGGACAU